UUUCUUAUUUAAUUUUCUUCCCCAACAAAAACCAAACCCUAGAACACAAAAAUACCAUUUACCCAAAUCCGACAAAGGGAAAAUUCAUUUAGUUUCUUUGAGAAAAUCAAUUUUAUUUGCGAUCAACAACUUCAUAAGCUGAAGCAUUGCUUCAAUUUCAAGAAAAGGUUAUUAAUUGUUGGCUAAAUCAUAGGUCAUGAGGUUUAAAAAAGGAAGUAAAGUUGAGGUGAUGAACAAGAACAAUUCGCCCGUAUCUUGGACUCCCGCUGAGAUCCUCUCUGGUAAUGGGCAUACUUACUCUGUUAGGUAUGAUUGUUAUCGUGGUAUGGAAAGUGAAAUGACGGUCGAGAGGGUUGCAAGGAGGGACAUCAGACCGUGUCCGCCUCCUCUAGAGGGUGUGCAGAAUGGGGAAACUGGUCAAAUAAUCGAGGUGUUCGAUAACUGUUCAUGGAAAACUGCCAGAAUUGUGAAUGUUUUGAACAGAGGCUAUUAUUUGGUACACCCAACUGGGUGUCCUCAGGAGAUUAAGGUUCACAGAUCAAACACCAGAGUGCGACAAUGUUGGCAAGAUGAAAAAUGGCACUUGAUCGGAAAGGGAUCUGGUACCUGUGCAAAACCUGACCAGCUUUCUGCUCAAAAACCUUGUAAAAAGUUGAGCCUGGUCUUAAGUGCUAGGAAUGGUUGUCAUGUUAGAGACGGAGAUUUAGCUGCUCAGGGAAACAUUAAAAGGCAGAAGUCUCAUUCUAGCUCUUUGAUGUCACUGAAAAGGGUGUCAGACGAAUCAUCUAGAAACAUUCAGGAGGUAGUGGCAGCUGAGAGAGGUUUUAAGAGACAAAGAAUAGUUCCGGCUUCCUUAGGAGGCAAGACACAUGUUAUUGCCAAGUGCAAAGGAAAUAUGAUGGAUGAGAAGUGUGUGGGUGCUUCAUUUAACAAUUGGUCUGAUGAAUAUUACGGAUUGAAACCUACAAAAAAGAGUGGUGCCAAUGGCUAUUCCGCUGCCAGAAUUGGAGAAUCUAAUGAUUCUGAUAGUGAUGCAUGCUCAGUUGGUAGUUGUAGUAUUUAUCAUGAGAGUCCUGAUAAAAUUUCUAGCUUUUCAGCCGAAAUUCAUUGUCAAGUACCUAAUCUUCUGUGCAGUGAUGCAGAGUCUUUUCAAGGUUCAGCAGAAGCACAUGAGGAGGAAAGCUGCCGUCUUUCUUCGGAGGAUAAUGUUGCAGCAAGUAUUCAUGAGCUGGAGUUGCAUGCUUAUCGCUGCACUUUGGAGGCAUUGUAUGCUUCUGGUCCCUUGAGUUGGGAACAAGAAGCAUUACUAACAAAUCUCCGCAUCGCACUCCAUAUCUCAAAUGACGAACAUUUGACGGAGCUCAGGACUUUAAUUUCUGCUGGAACUGGUAUUCAUGUCAGUUGAUAAUUAAUUUCUCCAUUUUGGCUUUCUUUUUGAUGGUAGGACCACAUCCAUGUUUUGACUUGAGUAGCAUUGUAAAGGCAUGAAAAUAGGUGACACAUUUGUUAAUUCUGUCUUGGUCGUUAACCUCCACCAUUGUAGACAGUUGCGCCAUUUGUAACUAUGUUAUCUUGCCAUAUAUUCUUGGAAAGAAAUCUACUUAAUUGUUCUUAAAUUCAUACUUUGAACUUUGUAACCAAUAUUUUUUCUGUAGGACUUCGGGUUAUUUCCAGUAUCAUCAUUGAACUGUAAAAAAAAUCACUUUUCCCUGACUUCUGAUCUAGUCAAUGACAUUCCUGCUAUGGAAAUGUCAAAGUCUAAAUGUUACAACCCAAAAGCUAUCUUCAAGGUGGUGGAGAAACAUGUAAGAAUGAAGCAGUCAGUGUUUCCUGAAUAAUUGUUUUCUGAGUUGAAAGAAACCAACAGUAGAUCCAUGUGUAAGGAAACAUUUCAUUUUUAGGAUGUCAUGUACCUAUCAAUAAAAUGGAGGAUCAUCUUUAUGAUGCAAAUAAAAUAAGUCUAUUAUCUUUUCCUACUUCUGAAGCUUCUAACCGAGCACUGAAAUUGGUGAAACCAUUGCACUUUGUUGUAACAUACUUAUGGAUUUUAUUUACUUAUUUCUUUGGUCUCCUCGCAAUCUGGAAGCAUAUGGAUUUAUUUUCUCAAAAUCCUUAUUCACGGAGCAUGUGCAUUUUCCAGGGCGACAUUGGGAUGCAUGCAUCCUUUGCCUCCUAAAGUCCAAAGAUGAUGCUUGCAUUUGCAGCGCCUCUCCUGGCCAUAGAGAGGACUCAUGCAACGUCUAUCCCUCAGAUAAGACAAUUCAUGGCUUGUUAUAUUACUGUUGUACAGCAUCAUGAUUUGUUUUGUCAAGUUAGCUUCAACAUCUUAUCAUGGUUUUUGCCAAAGAUAGCGAAGUUAUUAAGCUGUCAAAACUAUAGUACAUGAUCUUAUAACAUGUCUGUGUAUUGCUAGCUAUCUGAUAGAAGUUGUGCUUAUUUACCACUAGACAAUCAACUCUUUAAUACUGAGAAAUUGUAUGUGAUUUCAUUUUAGAGACAUUGGUCAGAAAGAUAUAGAUAUCUAUUCUUCGUUGGCUAGUAUAGAGAGAGUUUACAAAAGUGAAGUUCUUUUAAACAAAAAGUGAACUGAAGGUGGUUAGAAUUAAUACCCGUAAAUGAAACUAGCAAUACUCGUGACUUAGCAGUUGUAAGAGUUGUGUGAUUGCUAGCCUCUGUGUAAAGCGGGGAUUAUUCCAAUCAUGAUGGGAGUUUGUUAAUGACCAAAUGCUGUUCAUCAUUUGAACUUUCUUGAAGUGGUUUUGGCUUGACUUAAUGUGAUUCUUCCGUUACAUUAUCUGUGGAUUUAACUUAUACGCACUACCAACUUAAAGAUUUUAAGAGUACCCUUGUAAUUCAUCCUGUUAUAGCAGGUUGGUUACCAUGUUUUUUACUUGGUUACCAAUUAAUCAUUAUCAUAGAGAUUUACCACCAUAUAAAUGACCUGAUUAUGUAAAUACUCAUAUUAUUUACGUUGCCAGUGCAUAGAACUUAAACUCGUUAUUUAUUCUUGACUUGAGUGAUGCUGCUUUAUGGUGAAUGAGAAUACCAUGACAGUCCAGGGAUGUUGAAAAUCACAUUUUUGUCUGUGCAUGGACUGAAGACACAUGGUUCAUCUGGAUAAGAGAUUUUGUGGCAAGUCUACUGUUUUAUUGUUGUUCUGGUGAUAGAAUUUCCCUUUUUCUUUUUUUGGCGUAUUGUUUCAUGUUGUUUGCUUCACUUGUUUGCUAUCAAGUGUUUCAGUAGCUGAUGCUGAGUUCUACGUACCUCCCAUUUUCAUGGCUCUCAUACUUUUGAGGUAAAGAGGAUGUGUAACCUGUACAAAUUAGGUCACAUGUACCGUUGCUCCUUAAUAUAUUUUGAAAUGUUUAGAUCAUCUUAUAAAAAUUAAGUAAUUAUUUAAGAUGUCCAAUAUUAUUACUUUUAUUUAA